CCCCGCUCGGUCCCGGCCCCUGGGAGGGCCCGGCGGAGCUGCGGGCGGCGCGGCCUCCGGACAGGCCGCGGCGCAUCGGCGGGAGGAGAGCCCGGGCGCUGCGCUGCCCUCGUUGUUGUUACUGUUGAGAUCAGGUUUUCACUGCUUCUUCUUAACCUGGAAGAAUAUUACUUUGAACAGCACACAGCUAAUCAUAUUAUAAAUAAAGAUUGCAAAGAUGAAAGAAAAUUCAGAGGCUCCCUAAAAAUCUGUUCAAAGUCAAUUAUUUUUGAACCAGAUGACAAUAUCCAGCCCAUUAUCAAGAUACCGUUGAGGGAUUGCAUUAGUAUAAAAGCCCCAGAAGAUAAUGAAGCAAAUAACCCUUUCACAAGGAAUACAUCUGGAGGGAUUUCUGUUGUAUGUACCCAGGUUUUUCUCAUUAAAGAAAGAAAUGUUAUUGCACCCUAUAAAACAGUAAGAGGUAGAACAGAACACUUAUUCCAACUGGAUGUUGCUGGGAAAGUAGGAGAUGUUGUGCAAACUCUACAUCAGCUUUACAGGGCUUCUUGUCUAGAUAAGAUGGGAGAUCAAGCUGCCAUGAUCACUGCUAUAUUGCAGUCACGCUUGGCCAGAACUUCAUUUGAUAAAAACAGAUUUCAAAGCAUUUCUGAAACGCUGCAUAUGGAAUGUAAAGCAGAAAUGGUGACGCCACUGGUGACUAAUCCAGGGCAUGUGUGCGUUACUGAUGCUAACUUGUACUUCCAGCCUCUUAAUGGAUAUCCUAAACCAGUAGUACAAAUAACACUGCAAAAUGUGCGUCGCAUCUAUAAAAGAAGACAUGGGCUGAUGCCACUGGGACUUGAAGUAUUUUGUACAGAAAAUGAUCUAUGUUCUGACAUCUACUUGAAAUUCUACAACUAUCAGGAUCGAGAUGAGGUCUAUUUCCUUAUUGCAACAUAUAUAGAAAAUCAUAUUGCAGAGCACACAGCUGAAAGUUAUAUGUUGCAGUGGCAGCGAGGACAUAUAUCAAAUUACCAGUAUCUUCUCCAUCUCAACAAUCUGGCUGAUAGAAGCUGCAAUGAUCUCUCCCAGUAUCCUGUAUUUCCUUGGAUCAUAGCAGACUACUCUAGUUCAGUGUUAGAUCUGACAAAGCCUGAAACAUUUCGUGACCUUAGUAAACCAGUUGGUGCCCUGAAUAAGGAGAGGCUGGAUAGACUUGUGACACGUUAUCAGGAAAUGCCAGAGCCCAAGUUCAUGUAUGGAAGCCAUUAUUCUUCUCCGGGUUAUGUUUUGUUUUAUCUCGUUAGAGUUGCUCCAGAAUACAUGCUCUGUCUGCAGAAUGGAAAGUUUGAUCAUGCUGACAGAAUGUUCAACAGCAUUGCAGAAACCUGGAAAAACUGUUUGGAUGGUGCAACAGAUUUCAAAGAGUUGAUUCCAGAAUUUUAUGAAAAUGACUCUAGUUUUCUAGUGAACAGUUUGAAGCUGGACUUGGGAAAAAGGCAAGGUGGAAAGAUGGUUGAAGAUGUAGAGCUUCCACCUUGGGCAUCAGGUCCUGAUGACUUUCUUCAGAAGAGCCAAGAGGCCUUAGAAAGUCCAUAUGUGUCGGAACAUCUUCAUGAAUGGAUUGACAUCAUAUUUGGCUACAAGCAGAAAGGAAGUGAAGCAAUUGCAGCUCACAAUGUGUUUCACCCAUUAACUUAUGAAGGAGGAGUGGAUUUAAACAGUAUUAUGGACCCCAAUGAAAAAGUAGCUCUGCUGACACAAAUCCUGGAGUUUGGACAGACGCCAAAACAGUUGUUUACAACCCCUCAUCCUCAGAGGAUAAUUCCGAAAUUGAAAAGCUUGUCUCGAACAUCUAGUCACAGCACUUCCAUAGCUGAGUCUCCAGUUUCUCCAAAUGAAGAAUCAUUUGAAGAUUUGACAGAAGAAAGUAUAACACUUGCCUGGAACAAUAUUGCCAAACUAAAAUUAGAUAAGCAAUAUAAAAUUCACAAAGAGGCUAUUACUGGAAUAGCAGUCACUUGCAAUGGGUCUUCUGUUUUCACUACAUCCCAGGAUUCAACUUUGAAGAUGUUUUCCAAAGACUCGAAAACCAUCCAAAGAAGUGUGUCCUUUUCAAACAUGGCUUUGUCAUCUUGUGUAAUCUUACCAGGAGAUACCACUGUCAUAAGUUCUUCAUGGGACAAUCAUAUAUAUUUUUAUUCAAUUGCAUUUGGGAGACAGCAAGACGUCCUAAUGGGCCAUGAUGAUGCAGUCAGCAAGAUCUGUUGGCGUGAUGGGCGCUUAUUUUCUGCAUCUUGGGAUUCUACUGUGAAGGUGUGGCACUGUGUUCCUGGAGAGACCGUGAGCAAUAAAAAACACCACUUUGAACUGCUUGCAGAGUUAGAACAUGAUGUUAGUGUAAAUACAAUUGCUUUGGUAACUAGAACUGAAUGUCUGAACAUGAUUUUUUUGUUGUUUCUUUUGUUCACUUCCUUCUUUCAUACAGACAGCAGACAUCUACUGAGCACAGGGGAGGACUGUUGUUUUAAAGUAAUAGAUGUACAAACUGGAAUGCUCAUAUCUUCUGUGACCACUGAAGAGCCACAGAGGUGCUUCAAAUGGGAUGGAAAUACCAUCUUAUCAGGAUCUCAAUCUGGUGAAUUACUGAUUUGGGACCUUCUUGGAGGAAAAGUUACUGAAAGAAUCAAAGGGCAUACAGGUGCAGUAAUGUCCAUGUGGAUGAAUGAACAAUGCAACAGUGUUAUUACAGGAGGGGAAGACAAACACAUCAUGUUCUGGAAACUGCAAUACUAAGUGCCUUUCCCUCCAGUCAUUUAAAUGAACUCUAAUUUUAAACCAAACCUUUUAAAGGAACUUAACUGUGUGCAAUGAUGGCUGCUGAAGCUCAACCAGAUAGGAAGCUUUGUUCAACCACAACUUUCUAUGUUAUGGUGACUUCACUGAGAGCUCUUAACUUCCAUAGAGUAUGCAUUUGUUUUUCAUGGACUAUCAUACUGAAAUUGCUUGUGUAAAAUGAUAUCUGAUAUGAAAUUAAAGACUUAUUUUUCUGUAAUUAAA